AAGUAAUUUAUGCAAAUAAAAAAUGGGACACUUCACCCCGACAAAAUUUUAGAUACUCCAUGUACGUUUUCUGCAACACCCUCAUGGAUGCAUUGUAGUGUUGUACACUUUCCAUCACCUCUCUAUAAUAUAAACCUUUCUUCAAUUCCUCCGCCGUUUCAACCACCAUCGCCGUCGCGCACGGUGUAGAUGGCGCACACUCUCCAUACCAAUCUUCCAAAAUCAACCACCAUUUUUACCUCCCCUUCAUGCACCUUCGUCUUCAUCAUCACUCUCUGCAUUAUCUCUCUCUACACCCUCCACCACCACCACAACCACCAGGCUCCUGCCACACCAUCCACGACUGCCCAACACCCACCAUUGAUCUCUGCUUUUCUUAACUCUGGGUCCAAUUACACCAUCUCUAACUAUCUUCGCCACCUUACCCUUCAUCCCCAUCUCGCCGGUACCCCACCCUCGUCCGCGGUCGUCGAUUACGUCAAGACCCACUUUGAAUCCUUCCAUCUCCAAACCCACGUCACUGACUAUUCAGUACUGUUAUCGUACCAUCUCCACUCAUCACUCACUGCGCACUUUAGCAACACUACCGCAGCCGUCCCGCUUCCGUUGACCGAACCAGGCUUAGAUUCCGACUCUGAAGUCGUCAAACCCUACCACGCUUACUCACCAUCCGGGUCGGCGUACGGUAAAGCGGUGUACGUUUACCAUGGCAGGGAGGAGGACUAUCGUGCGCUGGCGUCGGCUGGCGUCGACGUAAAGGGUUGUGUAGCUGUUGCGAAGAGAGGCGGUGGGAUGUCGAGGAAUGCGGUUGUGGCGAAGGCGGCGGAGAAAGGCGUUUUGGCGGUGGUUAUGUAUACCGACAAUAACGGUGGUGGGGUGGAGAGGGGGACGGUGUUAGAUGGUGUUGGCGACCCAAUGACACCUGGGUGGGCUGCAACUGGUGGAGAUGUAGAAAGGUUAGGGGUGGAGGAUAGUGAGGUGUUGAAGAGGUUCCCGACCGUGGCCUCAUUGCCGAUAUCGGCGGAGACGGCGGCGUUGAUUUUGGAGUCACUGGAGGGGGCCAGGGUGACCCAUUUGUGGAAGGAUGUUGACCUUGUGGGGAAAUUGGACAGGGUUGGCCCUGGACCAACUUUCUUGAAUUUCACAUACCAGGGGGAGAACAAGAUGGCAACAAUCCAAAAUGUAUUUGCUGUUAUAAGGGGAUCAGAAGAGCCUGAUCGGUUUGUGGUGCUUGGCAACCACAGGGAUGCAUGGACUUAUGGAGCCGUUGACCCGAAUAGCGGCACCGCUGCUCUCAUUGACAUUGCUCGUCGAUAUUCUCUAAUGAUGCGCAUGGGGUGGAGUCCUCAAAGGACAAUCUUUCUAUGCAGUUGGGAUGCAGAAGAAUUUGGGAUGAUUGGAUCUACUGAAUGGGUUGAACAAAAUCUUGCAAAUCUGGGGUCCAAGGCUGUAGCAUAUAUCAAUGUGGAUUGUGCUGUUCAAGGGCCUGGAUUUUUUGCUGGUACGACGCCUCAGCUAGAUGAUAUUCUUGUUGAGGUUACUAAGAAGGUUACAGAUCCCGACUUCUCGGAUUCAACGCUCUUUGAGAAGUGGAGAACCAGCAGUGAAGUCCCUAUGAUCCAGAGACUCAGUGACGUAUUUUCUGACUUCGCUCCGUUUUUGCAUCAUGCUGGGGUUCCUUCUAUUGAUCUGUACUAUGGCAAAGAUUUCCCUGUUUACCACACUGCUUUUGACUCCUAUGACUGGAUGGUUAAGUAUGGAGAUCCAUUCUUCCACCGUCACGUGGCUGUCGCUUCUGUCUGGGGGUUGCUUGGACUACGCUUGGCUGAUGAUCCUAUCAUUCCUUUUAACUAUCUUUCAUAUGCACUUCAGUUGCAGAACCACACAGAUUCAUUGUACAAACUGUUGGAAGGGGAUGAUGUCUCUUUGCAUCCUAUCACAUCCACAAUUCAAGAACUUGAAGAUGCAGCUAAACAAGUGGAAGAUGAAAUCAAGAAAAUGAGGGAGGAAGAAAGCGAAGGUCGUGUUUCAGUUAUGAAGAGGCGCAUAUUGAAUGAUCGUUUGAUGUUGGCUGAAAGAGGCUUCUUGGAUUCAGAUGGGAUAAAAGGAAGGCAGUGGUUCAAGCAUCUUGUAUAUGGACCGGCUAGCGAGAGUAAACUGGGAUUCUUCCCAGGAGUGGCAGAUGCUAUUUACGAGUCAAAAGAGGGAAAGAAGCAGCAGGCAAUGAUCCAGCAUGAAAUCUGGAGGGUUGCUAGGGCUAUCCAAAGGGCUGCAGCUGCUUUGAAGGGUCAACUCAACUAACCCCAGUAUAUAUGAAAUGAUACAGAAUCCGUUUUGUGUUUUUAUUUGCUCCAGUAAUCAAGAAUGUUGCCCAUUGACAUAGUUAGCCAUGGUCUUUGAUCUGUUGUUCAUCUUCACCAUCUAAAGUUUUGACAGGCCAAAACAUUUUGUAUCCAAGCUAUCAGAAAAUCAUAUCCACC